AUGCUCCUGAUGAAAGACAGUGAGAUGGAGAGAAGGACAGAAAAAAUAUCUCCACCACCACUUCCAAAAGCUGCUAGGACCAAAAGAGAGACAGCACCAACAGCCAGAGAGAGGAAGCACAAAGAGGGUAAGGCAGUGAAACUCCAGGUACCACACAAAGGGAGAGAGAGGAUGGAGGACAAAGAAGCAGGAAAAGCACACCGUAAUGAAGACAAAAAUGAAGCAUCGUCCACCGUGAUCAAUGUAGACAGUGUGCGACAGAGGACAAAUAGAGAAAGUGAGGAGUUGCUGGGCCUUUUGGACAGCGAAUGGCAUGAAGAAGGCUUGAAGCCGCAGAGCCUUGGAGUCUGUGAGCUGCUUCUCAUUAUUAUAGCUCUCGCCGCAAUAAUAUUCUUCUUUCCCAUAUCAAUUUGGUUCUGUGUGAAGAUCGUGCGAGAACAUGAGCGUGCUGUGGUGUUUAGACUUGGACACCUGCUACAAAGAAAACCCCAAGGACCAGGGCUGCUCUUUUACCUCCCAUUUUUGGAUGUUUGUCAUAAAGUGGACAUUCGGUUAAAGAUGCUGAAGGUCCCAUCUCACUCGGUGGUGACGAAAGACCUGGUGUGCACAGAGGCGAGUGCAGUCUGUUACUAUCGCAUUGAGAAUGUGUCCAUGUAUUACUCGUCCCUGGCAGGAGUCCUAGCUGUGCUGCAGGCUUUGGUUCAGGUCUCAGUUAGGGAAGUUCUGGCCCUUCACACCUUCACCAGUAUACUGCAGAACAGGAGUCAAGUUGCCCACCAGAUCCAGGUUACAUUGGAUUCCAUCGCCUGCAGGUGGGGAAUCAAAGUGGAGAGAGCAGAGAUAGAGGAUCUCUGUCUCCCGCCUGAGCUUAAGCAAAACUUUGCUGUUGAGGCUGAAGCAAAGAGACAAGCUCAAAUUAAAGUGAUUGCAGCAGAGGGCGAGAGGGCAGCGUGUGAGGCUUUAAAAGUCUCUAUUGACUCACUGUCCGACUCUCCUCUGGCCAUCCAGCUGCGCCUUCUCCAGCUCCUUCACACACUGCGCUCUGACCAGCCUGCUGUACUCCUUAACCUUCCAACUGAUCUCCUCAACCAGCCACUUCAGCUGGCAGACACAAGCAGCUCCUCCAAACAAAACCAGCCAGCAGGGGACAUCACAGAGGAAAUGGCAGAAGACUCACCAAUGAUGUAA